GUCUGGGCGAGGCGCUCAGGCCGCGCGUCUCGGUGCCUGCGGGUGAUCAUGUGACCAGGCGGUGUCUUAAGAUGGCGGCGGCGAGCGAGCCCAGCUGUGCAACCCAGGCUCCCCAGCACAUGCAGCCUGCAGGAUUGCUGAGCCUGCCUCUGCCCUGAUCCCUGUCUGGGGGCAGAGCCACAGCCAGAGCCGAGGAUGCCGCUCUUCUCCCGCAAGAAGAAACCCAGCGAUGACGCCCGGAAGCGCCUCGAGUACCAACUGUGCCUGGCAAAAGAAGCUGGUGCUGAUGACACCCUUGACAUAUCCAGAUGUGAACUCUCAGAGGUUCCUUAUGGGGCCUUUGCCACUUGUAAAGUCUUGCAAAAAAAGGUGCUGAUUAUUCACACAAAUAAUCUGACAUCUUUAGUUCCAAAGUCCUGCAGUCUCCUGAGUCUCAUCACUGUGAAGGUUCUAGACCUUCAUAACAACCAGCUGACGUCGCUUCCUGCUGAUAUUGGUCAGCUCACAGCUCUUCAGGUCCUAAACCUUGAAAGGAAUCUUUUAAAAAGCCUUCCACAAUCUAUAGGAGACCUUGCCCAGCUCCAGCUCCUCAAUGUGAAAGGGAACAAGCUGAAGGAGCUGCCUGGCACAGUGAGUGGGCUGCGGAGCCUGCGCUCCCUGGACAUCAGUGGGAAUGUGCUGCAGGAGCUGCCCCGGGUGCUGGCCCACAUCAGGACCCUGCAGACCCUGACCCUGGAUGCCUCUUCCAUGACCUACCCAUCACCUGAGAUCUGCAGUGCAGGCACAGAGGCCAUCCAGCAGUUCCUCUGCAAAGAGUGUGGAAUUGCCUACUACCCUCCCUCCGAGUAUUUUCUUCCUGAGCUGGAGGGCAAUGGAGGAGGAUCCUCAGUGGAUGGGGUGGACAGGACAGUGCAUAAAUACCUGCAGGAGGCGAGGGAGUGGCAGAACAAAUUCUCGGAGUAUGAGAAGAGGAAGGAACAAAAGAUGCAGGAGAAGCUGGAAUUCGAGCGGCGCCUGAACGUGGGGCAGAGGGAACACGCCCUGCUGGUCCAGCAGCUCCACAGCCAGAAGGAUGAGAUGCUGCAGACAGUGAGGGAGGACCAGCAGAGGCUGGAGGAGGGGCUGACGAAGCACCAGCGCUAUUUGGAGGGCGAGCGCCUGAAGCUGCUGCAGCAGCUGAAGCUCACGGAGCAGGGCAUUGCCAGCAGGAUCCACAAGCUGCUGGAGGACAACCAGAGGCAGAAACAAAGUUCAGACAUUCUGAAAUCUUUGGAGAAUGAGAGGAUUAGGAUGGAGCAGCUGAUGGCAAUAACCCAGGAGGAGACGGAGCAGCUGCGCAGACGGGAAGUGGCCUCUGCCAUGCAGCAAAUGCUGGCUGAGACCUACAAGAACAAGCUCCUCCAAGUGACCUACGAGUCUCGUCGGCAAGACCUCGUCAGCCAGGCCUGCUCCAGCCUAGCUGAGAUGGAUCAGAAGUUCCAGCAAAUCCUGGAUUGGCAACAGCUGGAUCAGAACAAAGCUGUCAGUCAGAUCCUGCAGCAGAUUGAGAUGCAGAAAGCUGCCUUUGAAGCUCUCCAGGUGAAGAAGGAUCUUAUGCACAGGCAGAUCAGGAACCAGAUUAAAUUAAUAGAAACAGAGUUAUUGCAGCUGACACAGCUGGAGUUAAAGAGGCAAGAACUGGACACAGAGACGCUGCAGGAGGCGGUGGCGGAGCAGCGCCAGGCACUCGGCUGCCUGCUGGAACAGCUGCUCAAGGAGAAGAAGCAGAGGGAGGAAGAACUGCAACAAAUCCUGCUGGAAAUGGAGGCAAAGAGUGAAACCAAGCAGGAGAACUACUGGCUGAUCCAGUACCAGCGCCUGCUGAACCAAAAGCCUCUCUCCCUGAAACUCCAGGAGCAGGGUCUGGAGCAGCAGCUGGUGGCCCUGCUGCUGGAGCUCUGUGCUGAGCAGUACCUGCCCCUGUUCGCGCACCACCGCCUGUCCUUGGAGGCUCUUGGCACCAUGACUGCCAGUGACCUGGAAAAGCUCGGUGUGGUGGAGGCUGGCCUGCAGCGUGCCAUCCUCAAGAGGGCUCAGGAGAUCCUGGCUGUGGCCAAGACCAUCCCAGAGCUGCAGAGGGAGGUGGACACCGAGGUCCCUGCAGCCCCAGAGCCCAGUGCUCCCCUGGAGGAGCCCCCGAGCCCCGAGGGCCCCACGGCCCCACCGCUGCAGUGGGAGGAGAGGAAGUCGGAGUGCGUUGUGUGCAUGGAGCAGGAGCCCCAGAUGAUUUUCCUGCCCUGUGGCCACGUCUGCUGCUGCCAGAGCUGCUGCGAGCGGCUGCUCUCGUGUCCCCUGUGCCGCCGGGACAUCGCUCAGCGCGUCCGCAUCUUCCACAGCGGGUAGGCUGGGCCGGGAGCGCCUUCCCGGGGUGAUCCCCCUGCUGCUCCGUGCCAGUGUCACACAGCCCCUGCCCAGCAUGCCCAGCACUGCCCUCCCCGUGCUCCAGGAGUCUGAGCAUCCUCCGUCUUCCCCGAUGGCUUCUCAGCAUCCACCUCGGGCUCCUUCGGAUGAAUCCCCUCCUCCUCCUGCCUGCCCGGGAGCGCUGGGGGACGGAACUGGGUGCCCCUCCUCUCUAACAGAGGGAUUUGCCUUCAGAAAGGCCCCUGGCUCAGCAGGGACACCGUCAGUGUUUCCUGGAGGUGGGGAAUCUCCCGUGGGAGGACUCUGUCGGGCCGUGCUGUGCACUGGGUGCUGACAGUGCCUUGUACCUCUGCCAUGCCAAAGGUUCUGCUCUGGAUCCCCCAGGAGCGUGUCUGGGGCUGCAGCCACAGCUCCCUGACCCCUAGUUCCUGUGGGAGGGGAGAGUCUGGAACAGCCCCAAGACUAGAAGGACCUGCUCUGGCCAGAGGGCCCAGGGAGGUCCCUCAUCCAAAAAUCAUGUUGGAGCAGAAAGUGUCUCUGUCACCUGACAGCACCGAUCCGGUGGUGAGCAGGGGGCUGGGGCUGCUCCCAGCACAGAUCCACGUUUCCUCUGUGCACGGGGGUGGGGGGAGUUCUCCAUCACCCUCAGUAGGCACCGAUCCCCAUCUGUGCGUCGGCUCCUGACCCUGAAGUAUAAAAAUGCUGCCACGAUUCCAGUCCCACCUCAGCCCUUCCCCCAGAGCAGCCAUUAAACUGCAGCUGGUUUCUGCUGGUGGGU